CGCUCGCAGCAAGCCAAUCUGACUACUGCAAGCGCAUUUCAACUCCAUCACCUCGAGUCGGUCCGUCUCUCUGGCGAUUUGGCGGGAAACGCUCCACACUUCUCCGCCUCGCACGUUUUAUGCCCUGGCUAGUGUUGCGGGGAUAAAGUACGAUUACCUCAUUGCACUUUGGCGCGCUGCAGAACAACUCCGCCUUCACAGCGGCGGUCUUAUUACACAACCUUUCAGGCUUCUGGCAACCGCAGGCGACGCUCCAGAUACGCAUCGUGACAGUCCACGAAACCUAGUUCGAGCCUGCUAUAAGGUGGGUUGACGUCCUCCAUCUCCUCUGCUUUAAUUUGAGCAUUAUCCCGCUCUGCAACUUCUUGCCCAAAGAUGAAGAGCACGACCUUGCUUUCCAGUCUUCUAACAGCGCUGCCAUUGAGCUUUGCUCAACAGCAAUGGGGUCCGCCAUCGUACGGCCAUCCUUCGGGCCCAUGGCCAGUAUCGUGGCUCGGCAGCUGGGGACCGGACUCUGCAAGCACAGCAGCUGCCACAAGUACCUUCCGUACCAGCACUGCAUCUGCCGCAGCGUCUACGUCCAGUGCUGGUAGCAGCGGCAGCAGCGGCAGCAGCGGUAGCAGUGGCAACACGCAAAGCUGCAAUGCAAUCACUACCAGCCAAAUCGAGUCGAUGGGCAACAACUCGCUCUUCACACGCUGGCGGCCUCAUUACCACUUCCUGGCGCCUGCGGGAUGGAUGAACGAUCCGAAUGGACCCGUCUACGACCCGAAGACGGACACGUACCACAUGUUCUAUCAGUGGCAUCCGGAGCAUAUCAAUUGGGGCAAUAUCUCGUGGGGUCACGCCACAAGUAAGGAUCAAAUUACAUGGACGGACUUUAACGGCUGGCAAGACUCUCAAGCACUCGCCCUUGGCCCAACAGGUUAUGGCAACUACAACGGCCUCGGCAUCUUCUCCGGCACCGCUCAAGCCGUCAACCUGCACGGCCAAGCGGACGGCACCCUUCUCAUCUUCUACACCUCUGUCGCGCACCUGCCCACCUCAUGGAGUAUUCCAUACACGCCAUACACCGAGACGCAGUCGCUCGCCUACAGCACGGACGGCGGAAACACCUGGCAGGAAUAUGCUGGCAACCCCGUCAUCAACACUACUACCAACCUACCGCCAAUGAACUGGAAUCUCACCGGUUUCCGGGACCCGUUCUUCGAGGCUUGGCCCGCUCUUGACGCGGUGAUUGGGGUGAGCGAGCCGCACUACUACGCCGUCUUCGGGUCUGGCAUCAAGGGCGUAGGACCUCGGAUGCCACUCUGGACUGCGCCAGCCAGCGAUCUAACGCAAUGGACCUUCUUGGGUGCGCUGUGGGAGCCUGCCGACAAUACAUCUCUCGGUCCCGUCCUAUCUACCGGCAGCUACGGCUUCAACUUCGAAGUCUCCGGCUUCUUCUCCCUACCGGACAGCGAAGGCGAGCUCCACUACUUCGUCAACAUGGGCACAGAAGGCGCCAACGUCUCCUUCCACCAGAGUGCACACUGGGCGCUGUGGAACGAGGGAGUCGUCUCCCGACGUGCGAACGGCAGCGUGGAGUUCACGCCUACUGCCGGUGGAGCCGGCGACUGGGGUCUUGCCUACGCUCUACUGAGCUUCAAUGACACGAAGCACAACCGUCGUGUGCAAUGGGGCUGGGCACCGGAAGAUCUCGUGGGAGCCGGUGGACUCUUCAGUGCUUCGCAGCAAGGGUUCCAGGGCUCCUUGACUCUGCAGCGCGAGCUCUUCGUCCACGAAACACGCAACGUGAUCAAUCCGAACGGUACGCUCUCCACCAGCAAAUCCGCCUCGCUGCGCCAGAACGCCAACGGUACCUUUACGGCGUACACCCUCGGCGUACGUCCAUUGUCCGAUGUCGUCGCCGGCAUCACCGCGAACGCCACACACGCGUCCUACGGCACCAACACCGCAUACACCAGCUCCAAAAUCCUCCAACAGCAAGGCGACACGCACAUGGCGCUCAAAGCCACCGUCAGCUCCGCCACAGGCGCCUGCGGACUAAUCCUCGCCGCUUCGCCAGAUAUGACGGAAUACACAACCAUCUCCUACCAACCCUCCAACUCCACCAUCCUCGUCGACCGCAGCCACAGCAGCUCCCUCACCGGCUUCAACAACGCGACGGUAACCGGCUACUUCGCCCCUUACACCUACGCCAACGGGCAGCAAGAAAGCAUCACGAUGACCGUUUUUGUCGACGGCUCGCUGCUCGAAGUCUACGUCAACGACCGGUUUGCGCUGGCGACGAGGAUUUAUCCGAGCAUGCAGUGUUCCACGGGCUUUGGCGUGUAUGUUGCCCCGGGCGCGCAAGCCACUUUCGCGAGUGUGGAGAGUUGGGCUGGGCUACUUAAUGUGUGGCCGUCCAGACCGCUGAAUAGCAGUAGUCCGCUUGUGUGGGAUUCGGCGGCGCAGACGGCGAAUUAUACGUGGUGGAGUGGGAAUUAGGUGGGUUUACUGAGGGGACGGUCUGGUGAGGUAGAAUAGCUGAGACGAGGUAGAAGGGAUUAGUGAUCAAGUGUGUCAUGAUCUAAGGAGCUGAAGGUCUUGUGCAGACCAGAGCAGCUCGCUCUUAUGUA